GUCUCUCCAAAUUUCUAUUUUGAAGACGGAAAGGGUGGUGCCAUGGAUAAAAAUAGUCGUGAGCCUGUUAAAAUAGAAAUGGAUAAGGAAGCGUACCCUUUAGACAAUAUCACCGACUUUGAAAUGCAUUCUGAAAUGAAGCUGCCGGAAAGA